CGGGAGCCGGAGCUGCCGUCAGAAGGGAGCGGUGACAGAGCUCAGCACCAGGGAUAUGAUCCAGGUCACACAAAGUCACCCUCGUCACAGCACCCAAACUCAUUCCUGAGUUUCUCCAGGAGUUCUGUCCUUCAGCUCUGUCCUCUCAAGCAUGCAGUGACCACUGGUGGCUUCCUGCCUCGGGGACCAGGAGAGAAUGCUCCAAUGGAGAGCUUCCAGAAAUGCAUUUUGCUCCCCCUCAUCCUGACUGCCUCGCUGCCAGGUCUGGGCUUUUGUUACUCCAUCACAAAAGGCCCUGAGAACGCCACGGUGCUGGCUGGCUCUGAGGCCAGGUUCAACUGCACGGUGUCUGCAGGAUGGAAAGUCAUCAUCUGGCUCUUCCAGGGCAGCCCUGUGCUCACUGUGCUCAGCUCCCAGGGCUCUGUGGAGACUACAGAACGCUUCACCUCCAGGAACUACAGCACUGGGGAUGAGUUCACCUCGGAGCUGAUCAUCCACAACACCCAGCUGAGUGACUCUGGCAGGAUCGAGUGCAGCAUCCAGCAGCCCAGUGAGAACAACUUUGCCUUCCUCUCUGUUCAAGUUAAUGGAUCUUUACUCAUCAAAAAUAGCACCUUAACAGUAAAAGACAACCAAACAAUUGAGAUUGUUUGUGAAGCCUUAGGAUGGGCUCCAGCUCCAGACAUUGCCUGGAUGACAAAUGACUCUUGGGUUGAUAAGUCGAGCUAUGUCACCCAGCAAAGCCCAGGAUCCCAUGGCCUCCACAAUGCCCUGAGCACCUUAACUCUGACUCCGAGGGACACGGAGGUUUUGACUUGUUUAGCUGACAUAGAAGCACUCCCCAGCCCUCAGAAUGCAUCUGUAACUCUUAUUUUUGACAACUCUGCCACGGAAAAUUAUUACAGUGAAGACAACACGAGCACGUGGGUUAUAGUGCUUGCAGUUGUGCUCUCAUUCCUUGGCAUUGUUCUCCUGGUCGUUCUUGUUGUGGUCGCUGUGCGCUGCUGCCUGAAGAGGAGAGGAUCUACUUAUCAAAAUGAAAUAAGAAAAGUUUCAGCUGAGAAGAAGAAAGAAGGUGGUUUGGAAGACAGGCAGAGGAGUGGCAGUGAAAAUCUGGGAUACAUUCCAGAGGAACUGUGGAACACAGAGCACAGCUCAGGACUUUCCUCUCUUCCCCGAGUGUUUUCCAAGUUUGCUGGCCCUGAUGACAAUUUGCACAUCAGUUCUGUACCAAAGGUGCGGCCUCAAAGGCGUCCCGAUUAUCCCAUCAGCCCAAAGAAAAUCAGGAAUGUGACACUCGUGUAGGAUGUGCUUCUCCAAGAAGUUGCUUUUUUCACAUGUUUGGAUGCCUUCAUGCAAUGCAGAGAAGUUAAAACCAGUUCUCUCAGUUUAACUUAUAAGUUAUUUUUCUUUUUUUUUUU